UUACCCGCCCCGCCCCGCGCCCCGCCCGCCGCGCCCCGCCCGGCCGCCCGCCGCCGCCUCCGUCCUGGACGCGGGUUCUGGGGCUGCACCGCGGCCGCCGUCUGCCCCGCUCCGUGCGCCGCCGCCGGCACCAUGGCCUCCUCCGAGGUGGCGCGGCAUCAGCACUUUCAGUCUCACAUGGCAAUGAAAACAGCUUGUGUGCCCUCGCAAGGAUCUGAUGAGGAGCAGAGAAAAAGAGAAAAUGUUCGUUCCUUGACUAUGUCUGGCCAUGUUGGUUUUGAGAGUUUGCCUGAUCAGCUGGUCAAUAGAUCCAUUCAGCAAGGCUUCUGUUUUAAUAUUCUGUGCGUGGGGGAGACUGGAAUUGGAAAAUCAACACUGAUUGACACGUUGUUUAAUACUAAUUUUGAAGACUGUGAAUCCUCCCAUUUUUACCCACAUGUUAAACUUAAGGCUCAGACGUAUGAACUCCAGGAAAGUAAUGUUCGAUUGAAAUUGACCAUUGUGAAUACGGUGGGAUUCGGUGACCAAAUAAAUAAAGAAGAGAGCUACCAACCAAUAGUUGACUACAUAGAUGCUCAAUUUGAAGCCUAUCUCCAAGAAGAACUGAAAAUUAAGCGCUCUCUCUUCAACUACCACGACUCGCGCAUCCAUGUCUGCCUCUACUUCAUCUCUCCCACGGGCCACUCACUAAAGACGCUUGACCUCUUAACCAUGAAGAACCUAGACAGCAAGGUGAACAUUAUACCAGUGAUUGCCAAAGCAGAUGCGAUUUCUAAAACUGAAUUGCAGAAGUUUAAGAUCAAGCUCAUGAGUGAGCUGGUCAGCAAUGGCGUCCAGAUAUACCAGUUCCCGACAGACGACGACACCAUUGCCAAAGUCAACACUGCGAUGAAUGGACAUUUGCCUUUUGCUGUUGUAGGAAGCAUGGACGAGGUGAAAGUCGGCAGUAAGAUGGUCAAAGCUCGCCAGUACCCCUGGGGCAUUGUGCAAGUGGAAAACGAGAACCACUGCGACUUCGUCAAGCUGCGGGAGAUGCUCAUCUGCACAAACAUGGAGGACCUGCGGGAGCAGACGCACAGCCGGCACUACGAGCUGUACCGGCGCUGCAAGCUGGAGGAGAUGGGCUUUACAGACGUCGGCCCCGGGAACAAGCCCGUCAGUCUUCAGGAGACCUAUGAAGCCAAAAGACACGAGCUGCAUGGUGAGCGCCAGAGGAAGGAAGAGGAGAUGAAGCAGAUGUUUGUGCAGCGAGUGAAGGAGAAAGAGGCCAUACUGAAAGAGGCCGAGAAGGAGCUGCAGGCCAAAUUCGAGCACCUUAAAAGAGUUCACCAAGAGGAGAGAAUGAAGCUUGAGGAGAAGAGGAGGUUUCUGGAAGAAGAAAUAAUCGCUUUCUCUAAGAGGAAAGCCACCUCCGAGAUUUACCAGAACCAGUCCUUUGUGGCGUCGGGUGGCAACCUGAAGAAAGACAAGGACCGAAAGAAGGAACCAGGCUAUCGAUUCGAACUCCUGUGCUUUGAUGUCAGAGCUUGUGAAACCAAUGGUGGACGUAAAGAUGCAGAGGAAGCUCCAAUUUUAUGUAAUGCAGAAGUUGCAGAGCACAGAAGAUCUUCACAAGCCUAAGUCAUUAAAAGUUACCAGCAUGCUUCGA